CUUACUCGUGACAUCGAAUACCCGAAAUUCGUUUCGGAUAUUUAAUAUCCUCUGAGAUUCCGAAUUCAUGACUCGGAAUCCUGCAGUAGAAUGUUGCUAGCAAGCAGCUUUGGUAAUCAUCACCGUUAAUCAUCCUCACAAAUCGACAUCCUGUGAACAAAUUUCGAAAAAAAUUACAUAAACAUUACUUAGCAUCAACAUUCCCACUCUUCGAUCCUCCUACAUCUCAAUAUCAAGUAUAUCACGUUACUCGGGCAACCUCGACAACAACAUUAAAUGAAUUAAUUUCGAUCGCCAAACAAACGACGUCGUACGUCCUUGAUACUGAAUCCAUUACACAAGAAGGCAAACGAAACCAACCUGCUCUGAUUCAGCUUCAAUUUCUUCGGCUCGAUCAACCAUCGAUCAUCCUACUUGUCGAGGUCUGUCAUCUCCCAAUUGCUGGCAGUCGUAAAUUCAGCCUAAUUCAAGAAUUAUUUACUAUUAUUCUUGCUGCUGACAAAGCAAUUCAUACAUGGGGAGAUAUCGAAGAAUUGAACAAAUUUGUUAAAUAUCAACUCUUUACGCCAGAACAACUUCUUCAACCCAAUACAUUCAACGUCCAAAACGAAUUUAAAGAGGAUUGGCGCACAAAUCAUCCUCACCGUACCAUCAUUUCACCUGCAGAUGAAGACGAAUGUAUUUGGCAUACCUGCAUCGGAAAACAGCCGAACGAUCCAUGGUCUUUGCAAGACGCCUUAGAAUAUGGAUGCCGUUUAUGGCUUGAUAAGCGCAUGACAUUAAGCCCAUGGAACAUUGGUCUUGAUCCAAUGUUAUUUCAUCUCAAUGACAAACAACGAGAACAACGUCAAGCAUGGAUUCUUUAUGCCAUCAAAGAUUGUUUAGCAGUUGCACUACUCAUGAAAGCCAAGGCAAAUCAUCCCAAACCACAUCUAAUGCAACCAUCCGUUCGAGUCCCUUGCGAGCCACCAUCCGAAGACGAGUCCGAUAUCGAAGCAGCUACCCCGUUUACACCUAUUCUUCCCAUUAACCGUUUCUCAACACUAACGGUUGAUCCUCUUGUAUCACCUCCGUUCUCACUGUCUGUACCAUUACAAAUUCAACCUCAGCAUCCACCGUCGUCCCAGCAAGAACCACAUCACAUCGAUCAGACAAUUAGCUACGAACCAAUCUCAGAUGACUCCACACCUUCGACAAGUGAUAAAUCACCACCACCGUCACAAUUUACUAUCAUUAUUCCUGAAGAAUAUCCUUUUCUGAUUUCAGCCUCACCGCCGGCAUCAUCAUUUGAAAAUACUCAACAGCCGAACAGCGAGCCACAUCUAACAUCAGCUGUUAUCCAGCGGCUUAAACCCCAACUAUCGGAGUUACAAAAGAAGAGAAAGAAUCGUCAAAAAACUUUGAAACAACGCGCUCGAAAAUUUGCAACAGAAAUCAUUCGACGUAAUAUUUACAAAUUGUGGUCGGCGAAAAAAAUCAUUGAAGUGUUAGAUAGGAAAGGAAUUCCGCACUCACGAGUCCUCACACGAGUAUCCCCAACAACUGGCACACAUCACGUAUUUAUUGGUCUUCAGAAACCGGACGAUUUCGAGCGCUGGGAUAACUUAACAAGUGAUUGGUUUACCGAGGCACAUUAUAAUAAGGUCUACCUCCCUCAUCGUCGAACAUCAACAUCACGAGAUCGGUCUAACAGACCAGAUCAUUCAGCUCAUCAAGAAGCAUUUGAUCCUCGUUCAAGACGAACAGAUCGAUCAUUCAGAUCUGAUCACUCCCAUCAACCAACACCAACAAAGCCCGGUGAAGGAACAAGAACAGUAACUGGUAGUCAUCGUCAACAGUACAAGUAUCAUCACAAAUCCCGGUGA